CGUACGGCUCUAACCCUCCCCUUGAAUUUUCCCCGUUGUUGCCCUAGUGCUUUAGCAAGUCGGCUCUCCGGGCUUCCAUGCGGGCGUAUGUGAUUCACGGGCGACCGAAAAAUAGCAACAAACAAACAGCAUAAUGCAAUUAUCGGCGUGCAAGGCGAUUGUCAACGAGUUCUAGUGUCGAAUCGAGCGAAAACAGCGGCCGAUCGCGAGCAUCCCCUCGGCGAGGGGCAGGCAGCCACCACCGCAGCAGCAGCAGCAGCAGCACCGCCACCACUGCCACCGGAGGAGAGUGAAAUCGUGUAAUGCUGCUGGUGUUUUGCAACAACUGCCAUUCGAGUGCAUCAAAUGUGCAACAGGCUUCAAUUGAAGUCAGUGUGCUGCAGUUAAUUCGCGACACCCCCGCUCGCCUCGCGUCCCUGCGCCAAAAUUCUCCGCCCCGGUUCGCCGAUUAAUUAGCCCGCUGCCGAAUCGCGCGCGCGACCCUUAAUUGUCAACGUAGAAAAAGGACGAGUACUUCUCGUUGCCGUGCAAAUUGCUACACACCGAGCUCUUUGGCUCGCUCGCUGCUUCUCUGUGUUAUAUUUUCUCUCUCGCAGGGAAAAUCGAUCUGCUGGCGUUCAGCAUGCACUGGCUGGCCUCGUGCACCCUUUCUCGCCAGGUCUGACGCACCCGCGAUUUAUUCGCACGCAGAAUAAAUUGGCACUCAGUCCGAGCCGCACGCUCUUAGAGUAGACCCACUUCUUGUCUGCGGCAGCAUGAGCAUGGAGUGGAACGAGCACUCGGGGGGUGGCUACCCUCACCGACGCGGCGGCCCCAGCAGCACCACCCGGCCCCUGGCACCGGCCUGGGCGUACGAGGGCACCGGCGGCCAGCAGCAGCAGUACCACGGCGGCGGCCACGCGUACUUCAGCGAGGAGGAAUCGGCACAAGCCUGACCCCAUGGGUCUGGUCCGGCGACGGUGAUGACGGGUCGUCAGCACUCCUCUUCCUACCCCCAGCACUACCAAACCCAUCCGCCUCCGUCUUCGUCCACGCAAAACCACCACCACCAUCACCACCACCACCACCAUCCGCAGCAGCAGCUGUCACCUCUGACCUCGGGCCCUUCCGCCGCCUACCACGGCCAGCAACACCACCAGCCGGUCAAUCACCACGGCGGCCACCCCCAUAGCUCAGCAGGACCACACCACGUGACCCAACAACAAUCCAACUCUAGGGAGUGCCUUGAGGAACCCGUUGUCUCCGGCAGCCAGGGCUCGGCCGACUCGAAUUACUCGCAACCUUCGUCAGACCUGUCGCUAGAUGAGGAAAAGGAGACUCUGAGAAGAGAGAAGGAACGCCAGGCUUUGAAUCAGUUAGAAAAAGCCAGAACCAAACCAGUAGCCUUUGCAGUACGUACUAAUGUUAGCUAUGAUGGAACUUUGGACGACGAUUCGCCAGUGCAUGGCAGCGCAAUAUCAUUCGAAGUCAGAGACUUCUUGCACAUCAAAGAGAAGUAUGACAACAACUGGUGGAUUGGCAGGUUGGUCAAAGAAGGUUGUGAUGUUGGUUUCAUACCAUCCCCGGUGAAACUAGAGAACCUGCGACUGCAACAGACGCAGGCUCGCAACUCAAAGCUUUACGCCUCAAAGACUUCAUCAUCCAGUAAUCUAGGUGCUCUAGCGGGUGCCGAUGGCAGUGGUCUUCCUACAGGCAAAACCGCCACCAGUUCCCGAGGUUCAACACCCCCAACUCCAGGGGAUGACUCAGACUCUGUGGGUAACACAAGACUUGGAAAAGGUCCAAUCACCACGCCGCCAGCGAAAGAGAAGCGCAAACCCUUCUUUAAAAAGCAAGAAAACAUGACACCCUACGAUGUAGUACCUUCGAUGCGACCGGUAGUUCUUGUUGGACCUUCCCUCAAAGGUUACGAGGUCACGGACAUGAUGCAGAAGGCGCUCUUUGACUUUCUCAAACAUCGAUUCGAGGGGAGAAUUAUAAUAACAAGGGUGACUGCCGACAUCUCGCUGGCAAAGAGAUCAUUGCUCAACAAUCCUUCAAAGCGUGCUAUCAUGGAACGCUCCAACUCUAGGUCUACUUGUUUAGCUGAGGUUCAAGCCGAGAUCGAAAGAAUAUUUGAGCUCGCCAGGACCUUACAGCUGGUGGUGUUAGACUGUGACACAAUCAACCAUCCAUCGCAGCUGGCCAAGACUUCUCUAGCGCCCACAAUAGUCUAUCUCAAAAUUUCUUCUCCGAAGGUUCUGCAGCGACUGAUCAAGUCUCGUGGCAAGAACCAAGCGCGCAACCUCAACGUUCAGAUGGUGGCUGCGGAGAAGUUGUCGCAGUGUCCGCCGGAGAUGUUCGACGUGAUCCUGGACGAGAACCAACUGGAGGACGCGUGCGAGCACAUUGCCGAAUACCUGGAGGCGUACUGGCGCGCCACGCACCCGCCGGCCCCACCUGCCAUUUCCACCCUACCUUCGCCGCCCUCGAACGUGCCCGCUGGGGCGCAGCCCAUGCACGGACAGUCGUCGCCCGGCAUGGAGCACCCCCCGCGCAACUCGACGCCCCCCGCUCACCUCGAUUCCUACUACGGCCAUGACCACCAUGACCAUAGAGGAUAUCACCACUCGUCGAACCAGCAGCCGCACUACCAGCAACAACAACAACAACAACAACAGCAGCAGCAGCAGCCGCACCCGCAAGGCCAGCACCACCACCACCACCCCUCGCAGCACCACCGGCGAGGGUUAGUGCCGCAGCAGAGAAGCAUGGACCACCCGCACGACUACGACGAAUUCGGUCUUCCCGUUGGAGGCGGAAGCGGAGGCGGGGGUGGCGGCCACCCCCAGCAACGUCAGCAGCACUACCACAGGGGCGGCAGUGGCGGCGGCAUGGACGAGAUGCAACAGGGCAAGCCGUACCGGCGCGAAGACGACAUGGGCAAUGGCGCUGGGGGCGGCGGUCGUCCCAAUUACCACCCCCAGCAGCCGCAGCAGCACCACUCGCCCCACAGAUCUUCGUCCAGAAGAGCGCUGAAUGCCCUUUAAAGGACCGCAGUGGUUGUUGCAGUGCGCGAUGAAGAGACGAUUUUACACACAAAAUUGAUAAUAUGAAAUUGAUGGAUGAUUAAUAUUGAAUUGAAAGAAAAAAUCUGAUUUGCACCUACUGUUUGCGAAGUGCAGUGAUAUAUAAAAUGAAUUAGAUUUAAAAUCGAACGAGACAGAGAGAGUUAUUAUCUCUCUGGUCUAUGUACAUAAAAAAAAAAUACAA